AUGGAGUACAUAAAAAUAUGCGUAAUUGAAGGAAUUCGGAGGAGACGUCGUUACCGCCAUAGAAGGAUAAUACUGCGCCGCAAUCUUAUGCGACAAAACGUUGUCCCUCCAUCACCGGAAGUUCCACCUCCAAGCUACGAUUCAGACAGUACACGUGAAGUAUCUCCUUCCGUCUUUGUUUUGGAAACAGACAGAUGUUUACCAAAAUAUGAAGAUGCUUUAACAAUGGAGAAUGUCAAACCACCUUCCUAUACCGUUGCCUUUGUUUGUGAAGAUUUGUUGCCACCAUCAUAUGAACGAGCACGAUCUCAUACAACAUAUCUUAUGGGAAGGUCUCCACCGCCAGAGAGACAAAGCUCUUUGCGUCGAACAUUUUCACUUCCACAUUCGUCAUCAGUAGCUGUUCUUGACGUUAAUUGUCCAACAAUUCUCGAUGCAGAAAGUUUAACGACAGAUGAAAGUUGCCAUUUUUAA